AAUAAAACUUACUCUCCCCAUCAACCGGUAGUUCACCGCAACUUUAUUGUUUGUGUUGAUGUCACAAUGCUUCCAUCAGUUGUGGUACAAGAGUACAAAGACUCGUUAAAGACGAAGGCAGAGCAGCUGUUACUUAAAGGUUUCCCGGAGAAAAUAGUUAAAUUGAAUGAGAUUUUGGCGACGCCAAACUUCUCAAACCGGGACUUGACUGAAGUGCACCAGGAGCUAAAUGUCGUGAUUCCGGAGCCAAUUGCUCUGAACCAUUCCGAAGAUGGACAUACGAAUAAGCGCAAGCGGGUGGAAAAUGAGGAGGACAGUACCAACAUCACUGGCACCAAGGUUAUGAUCCUUCCUAAUGGUCCUAUUCCAUGUAAUAAGCCACUCUGUGACAUGAUACGUAUUGUUAAGCCUUAUAUCAUUCAACUUCUUGAGGAUUCCAAUCUGCUGAAAAUGUGGAUAUCAUUCAUGAUCCCUAAAAUAGAAGACGGUAAUAACUUUGGAGUUUCUAUCCAAGAAGAAACACUUGGAGAGAUUCAAUCUGUUGAAAGUGAAGCUGCUGCUUUCUUUGAUCAAAUUUCAAGGUACUUUGUGUCAAGAGGAAAAAUACUGAGUAAAGUGGCAAAGUAUCCCCACAUCCUGGACUACCGACGAGCUGUGCAGGAGUUCGACGAGAAAGAGUACACGAGUUUGUGGCUAGUGAUGUGCGAGGUACGCAACCGCUACUGCUCACUACACGACCUGGUGAUCAAGAACCUGGAAAAAAUAAAACGGCCGCGUUCUUCCAACGCUGAGUCGCUGUAUUAA